GAUGCUAUCUCACUGGCAAUCAGCGUCCCUCAUUCUUGGAAAUAUCAGCACGUUGCCGACUCCAUAUUUGCCGCCGGAUGGUGCCACAGUGGUGACCGGUUUAAUGCUGCGGGGCCGGGCGCUCGGAAUGAUACACCUGACGAACUUUACGCAAUGGCUGCCGCCGUCUACAUUGUCGACGCUGAUUCUCGCUGGAUUUCUUUUGUUUUUGAUAGCCUGCAUUUCGGCCGUGCGUGGUAAAAUCUGUGCUGUUAAAGACAUACUGCACAAUCUCAUGUACGGUGAUCUCGAAACAAAGAACGGAGACGGUUGUUCCCUUAACGCCACAGGUUCACCAACCAAGAUUCCGCACUGCGCCUGUACACUGUGGGCGGCCAUUGACGGGAUUAUUCCACACAGUUUUGUAGUGUUCACUUUCUGGAUGCUGUUACCACGUCCGGCACUUGAAUAUCUUCUGCCGGAAAAAGCGCAAUGGCCGUCGCUGCUCUUUAUCUUGACCGGCUUCGCACUGCGGACUUACUGGGGAUUCCUGAAUUCGGCGCGGCGCUGUUGGCAGAGUUGUAACUGAUAUCCGUUAUUUGAGGCGGUUUCAAGUCACCGUCAAUGUCUAUUGAUUUGGGUUAUCGUACAACACGUAUUAUUACAUUGGUAGAAGAUUGAAUUUACUUAAUUUACUGCAUAAAAUCACUUAACAGGAAAUCCAGAGAAGCAGCGAAGCUCUGGAAUUAACUAUGUCACUAUUAGCAAGAGUAAUUAACUAUUAUGUCACACCUGCGGAACAGCGGUGUUUUUUGUUUCGCGUACUUCCGCGUUCGCUGUUUCCCAAAGGUAAUGGUUUACUGGUACGAGGAACAUGUUAAAUUUGCAGAUGGCCUGCUGAUUUUACGAUAAACAUUAGCAAAGUACUCACUGAAUCUGUCCAGCCGUAAGGUCUCUACGGGAUCCCGUUUUAUUGUUUACUCUUAC